CAGAAUGAAUGUGCGUCCAUAAUUCAACGGGCUUGGCGUCGACUAAAAUUAAAAAGACUUGAAUUUCAGGUAAUUUGAUAUAGUAAUAACAGCAUGAUCACAGUUAUACAUGGUAAAUUCAAUCAUUUAAUUUUAUGGAGUGAUUUCAGUUAUAUAAAAUGGUGGGAUUAUCAAAAAUUUUCUUUCAUGUGGUUUACAAUAAAUUCGCUUUUUUAAAGGAAAUCCAAAUCGAGAGUGAGAUAUUUCACUCCAUGUACACUGGGCUUCAACUUUACAACUCUUCAAACGUGCUUAUGGUGACAUCAUCUCAUUACAAUUACAAUGAAAAUAAAUAGAUUAGAAAAAACAAAACAAAACAAAACAAACUAACAAACAAACAAACAGUGAUGCUUGUGAAAAACAUCCUAACCGUGACUGAACCAGCAAGGAACAGAAGUUAAAUCAUUUUUCAUAGCGUCCCUUAAUUAGGUAUUGCAAAAAUUUCACCCACUCUUUAGUGAUAUAAAGCUGACAGGGUUCUCAGCAACAAAUAUUUUUCUAAACUGGCCCUUGACGAAAGAUGAGUCUCGUUGCAGUUGGGACGCGCUUUAGUUGCUGUGUCAUUGUGAGGGGGUGGCUGUUGUAAGAAAGAGGCGGUUCAUGGGUAGGUGUCCUGUGUAGAGAGGUGGCCCUUCUGAGGAGGUGGUCAUUUCUAGGAAGGCAGCCGGUGUACGGAGGUGACCGUUGUAGGCGGAUGACUGCAGAAGAGACUUUUCGUAGAAAGUAGACCUCUAUUAUGUAGUUCAACAUGGCGUGACGACUUUAAGACGCUGAUAUUUUAUGCUGACAUUAUCAAAAUUGUUAUUUACUUUGCAGAAUAAAUGUGCCGUUAAGAUUCAAAAGGCGUCACGUCUUUUAAAUCUUAACUGCAAGUUUCAUUAUUUUUAAGACUUUCUCGGCGAUUUUAGCUGUAAUCCGAUCCAACAAGAUGAGAUUCUUUCUAAAAGACAUUAUUUGUUCCCUUUCGACUCCAUGGCCUUAUCAGGGAAAUGGAUUCACAAUUAUCAUCAAUAUAUAAUUACUUAUCAGUAUAUAAAUAAUGCUUUUCUCCUGACAGAUUGAGGCCGUCAAAUUAAUUCAGAAAGCUUGGAGAAAGCAUCGAAGAACGAGGAGGGUAAUAAUUUUUAGCCAUAGUAUUCUGUAUUUUUCAUAUUUUAUCUGUAGUCCGUGUUCAACUUCUACAUUUUUAAUCACAAAGACCAAAAAGAUUGACUGUAAGAGGAGAGAAAUUUUUUGUCUUUGAAAAAAUUACUAGUGCUUAUUUAUUCCAGAAUGGACAAGAAAAAAAAAUAAAUGAUUUUAUUACUAAAAAAUGACAAACGUGAAUUGAGAUCAUCCUGGAUUAUCUACACAAUUAAACUUUAUCACUAUAUAAGUACUGCUUUUCUCCUAACAGAUCAAAGCAACCAAAUUAACACAGCAAGCUUGGAGAGACUACCAAACUGGACGAAGGGUAAUAAUUUUUAGCCUCAGUGAUCUAAAGUUUACUUAUUUAAUCUGUAGUCCGUUUUCAACUUCUACAUUUUUAAACAUCCCAAAGACCAAAAAAUAUUGACCGUAAAGGGAGUGAAUUUUUUGUCUUUAAAAAAAAACGAGUGCUUAUUCAUUCCAGAUUGAAGAAGAAAAAAAUGAUUGAUUUUGUUACUAAUAAAUAACAAACGUGAAAAAAACAAUACAGUAUUGAGAUCCUACUGGUUUAUCUACACAAUUAAACUUUAUCAGUAUAUAAUUACUACUUUUCUCCUGACAGCUCAAAGCAACCAAACUAAUACCGAAAGCUUGGAGAGAGUACAGAACUAGACGAAGGGUAAUAAUUUUUAGCCUUAGUGAUCUAAAUUUUACUUAUUUCAUCUGUAGUCCGUGUUCAACUUCUGCAUUUUUAAACAUCCCAAAGACCAAAAAAUAUUGACCGCAAGGGGAGUGGAUUUUUUGUCUUUGAAAAAAUAACGAGUGCUCGUUUAUUCCAAAUUGAACAAGCAAUCAUUUGAUUGCUUAGAAAUGAAAAGCGUGAAAAAAUGUAAUUUCUGACGUUUGAGUGACAUGGGAACGUGCCAUCAGAAAUUAAUAUUCUGAUGGCAUAUUGAAGAGGUUCGCGUGGCAUAUGGAAGUUUCGGAUUAUUUAAGCGUUUCAUGGGAAAAUGAAGUCAUUGUUGGUCGGUCAGUAUUAUGUUUGACCACUUUCUUUUUUUUUUUCCUUUUGUAUUAAUAUACUUUUCUUUUUUCAAAUCCCUGUAAAAUAUUACGACAUUCAUUAACUUUUCUUUCUGAUUAGCAGCGUAACCAGCUUAGUUAACCCUUUCCUCGGGGUAUUGUGCUGCUGUUUGUCGUAUCUGGCGUGGCACAGGUUCUUUUUGUAGAACCCUUGGUUUUCAGUGUACAAAUGUUAAGAUCAUUUUAGGAUGCUUAUACCACAAGACUGGCUGACUCAUCCUAAAUAAACUUUUCACAUUAAUUGAAUAACUCGUCUGAGUGUAGUCAGAAUAUAGUAAUUCAGACAACUUUUCAUAAUAAUGCUUAUGCAAAGCAAGUGACUAUAUUAUACAAUGCUACAAUUAGUUUUAAAUUCAAUAUUUCAAACUUCAAUCUUUUCCUCCCCCCUUAAUUUCUUAUUUCGUAAUCACGUGCGGCUCACGUGUGAUAUAAUCUAACGAGAUUUGAAGUUGGCAUUGCCAGCUGACGCGGACACUUCCGUGUACUCUUUAUUUUUGUCUCAUUUUCUCAGACUAUAUAAAAUAAUUAAGCACCUUUCUAGCCAUCUGAUUGGCUGUGUUUCUGUAACAUUUGAUACAUUUAUCAGUAUUAAAGGCUAAGGGUUUAGCCAUGAAUGCAGAGCGUUCCCAUGCAAAACUUAAGCCACGCGUAUCACCAUUCCUUGCAAUGCACCAAUGAAAUCAAUUAAUUUUUUCCAUUUUGCUCUGUACAAAGAUCCGUAGAAAAAGAAAAAGUCAGGAGAUGUCCGAUUAUCCUACCAAAAUGCGAAGAGUGGACGAUUUGUACAACGUUGAUUUCCAGGACCUAUUUGAAGUUAAGAAACUUGGGGAAGGAGGCUUUGGCGAGGUAGGAGAUUCUGUUAUAUAAAUAAUAUAAAUAUAAAUAUAUAUAAUAUAUAUAUAUAUAUAUAUAUUGUGGGAGGAAGAAGACAAAUAAACUAAAAGUUCAUCCUUACAGGCCUGUUUCGUGGUUGCCCACCCAUCAGGGGAUUUAGGAAAAUUAGAUACUUAAAUUAGAGAUAGUUAUGACUUGUUUAGUCUCAAGGAUUGAUUAUUUUCAAAUUUGAUCCAUGGUUCAGUCUAUCUUCAAUUCUUAUUAAUUUCUUGGGGAAAGAGGGCUGCUGCAAUGCGGAGUCGUUCGGCGUUUAGAAGACUGGGGAAAACCAAAACUAAAGGUUGCGUCAAUUAAUGUCACUACAAAUUGCCCAAAGUACUGUUAAGCAGAUUCUUUAAUGCUUGGCUAUUCUAUUCCUACUUCAGGUAGCGCAAUUUUAUUGCCGAAAAACCCAUGGAUAUUAUGCAGUAAAAACCUUUAAGGAGAAUGAAGCAAACAAAUCGAUGGUGUUGAAAGAAACAAUCAUCCUCCUCCACUUGGCCGGGAGUUCCAGGGUUACCCAGUUAUGCCGGGCGUUUACCAUCAAAGUAUGUACCUAAGAAACGGCUUUUGAAUACAUACAGAAAGGUUGGCUACAGGAGCAGAUAAAACACGUCCAUAUUUAGGAAUAUUUUACUAGCGUGGCCAUGGAACUUUGCACAUCGUAGCAGUGGAGUGAUCAUGCCUUCAGGAGGCAACAAUAAGCGUGCUGAGGAAUUCAUUGUUUUAAACUGAACGCAAGUUGAUCCUGCCACUAUCUCAGUCAGUUUUUUUUUAUUAACGAAUAGUUAGUUAUUGUUUACGAGCCAAUCUUGGGGUCCAAAGGAUUUGGGGGGGUCUACUUGAUUUUAAGGGGGAAGGGAGGAGGGAUUAGUCGUCGUUAACAGAGCAUAAGGGAGGAGCUUGAGGAAUUUGAUCGUCAAUGAAAUUCCAAUGAGGAAGAGUCACAAUGCCUUAGGGAGGGAUUAAAUGAAUUUUAAUGAACGAUUCAUUAAGUAAUUAACGCCAGUUUGUUGAAAAAAGAAACAAAGCAUUAAUCAACACAGCCGUGAUGCUGAUGUCAAUAAACUAAACAGAAUGUUUUUCUUUCAGCUCACAAAAACAGCCUUAGCGCUUGAGUAUUUGCCCGGUGGGGACUUUGCUGGAGUUCUGCGAGCCCAGGGAGGAAAACUGAGUGAGGAACGCGCCAGGUACGAUUUAAAUGAAAAGAAGUUUCAACGCCUUGUGAAGGAAAACAGCUGAGCAUCCCGGAAGUGUUUAAAAUUGUUAUCCUAAUCGUCACUCGUGCUCAUUAAAUCUUUACCAACAUGUAGGCUUUUUCUAUGCCGCUGUCAACGCAUUCAGUUUUAAGUUUGCAGACUUGCAGUUGCUUAUUUUCUUCUGACUAAGACCCAGGUUACAACUUAGAAAGUCAAUUAAAAGUAUUCAUACGACAACGUCUGGUAUUUCAGGUUUUACGCUGUCGAUAUCGGCCUGGGAUUGAAAUAUUUGAAUUCGAAAAACGUCAUCCACAGGUAUGUUUGUGGCAUAACGUACUCUGGAAUGUCUCAUUCUGAAGAAAGAUUUGUUUUUUCCCCGGUGUUUUGGAACCCUUUAUAAAACAACACAGACGAUAUUGAUAACCAUAACAGUAACGACAGAGAAAAUGACAACAACAACGAUAACAAUAACACUGACGACAAGAAUAACAGGAACUAGAGGGAUUAUAGGAAUGAUAAAGAGAAAUAUUUGAAAAAUAACGCAGCCAGUAUACACCCAUUUCUUUCCGAUUGCUACAAGGAUACAAAAAAAUUUUCUCGUUCAUUCCGGCUUAAUUCCAAUGUCGACUAACUUACCUUCCCUGUCUAACCAGUUUUCUUGAUGCAAAUUGGCUGAAACAUAAUGCACCACUAGCGGUCGAGAAAAAGAAAAAAAACUUGUUUUUUGAAAUCGAGGAGCCACAAUUGACAUGAGCGGUAUGGGAUUGGAAUCGAGAAAGAACGGGUAGAAGAUUUUCCAUUGUAACAGAAAAAUUGAUGCAAAUCUGGUUUGCCCCGAUGUAAAGUAAUGUACACUAAAAAUGAGUGAAAGAAGUUUUUGCCAACUUAUUUCAUCAGAGAUCUAAAACCUGAAAAUAUUCUGGUAACCUCAAAUGGCCACCUGAAGCUGUCAGACUUCGGUCUGAGCGAAUUUGUCGUCUUUGCAGUCACUGGAGUAUGUGGAACUUAUCCAUAUAUGGCGCCUGAGGUAUAAAGCUUGUAGCAGAUUACCCUGAAAAGUCUUUGUUCAAAUCGCUACUGUUUUUUUCUCACCAAUUAUUUAUCUUCUCUUAAGGUUUUUAAGAAAGUUCUUCUUUCUUCUCCUCCUUCUCUGAGGGUAAAAUGUAUUCCUAUAAUCUUCCGCUAUGGUCGAUCUUAAAUCAAGGCAUUGUCAAACGAGACCCAACAAUUUUCUCGACAGUAAAGGGGUGGGUAACCUCUCUGUUUGUCACGAGAAUCUGAAAAAUUACGAUAAAAAACAUUUUUUAUGCCUCUCCGCUCUCAGUUUCGGACAACAAAUAAAGUAGAAGGACCCCCCUACUACACGAUCAUGGCCGCGCCCUUGUUAAUACACUGAUGUUUCAACCAAGCUCACGCAGUUGAAUUUGUUAAUACACUUUUUGCAAUGCCAAUAAACUCCACUUAAUCUGUUACAGAUGAUCAUGGGAGAGUCUUAUACUUACUCUGUGGACUGGUGGUCCUUUGGCGUGACUUUAUUCCUGAUGCUGACCGGCAAGGUUUGUACAAAUAAUAUUGCAACAACUCACACAUUGCAAAUAUGUUUACAUUUGUACACAAUAACUCGCCCUUCGGAAGGACACAAAUGCUUAUGAAUCAAACUUUUGACAAUGAAGUAAUCAUUAAUUGCCAUUACCUUUCGUCCCGUGGGAAUAGGACACCCGCCUAUGGCAAACAUGGUAAGGGGAGACUCCACCCGAAAAGGGGAUCUGUUUUAGGCUUCAGAUAUCCUAAAGGUCACAGAACAGAUUCCAUCAAAGGGACAGUCAAAGAGUUUGGAAAUAUUUUACCACCGAGAGAUUUGGAAGACAAUUUAAAGUUCCCACUGAUAUGCUCAUUUCAAUAGUUUAGAAAAUCAGUCCGUUCCACGUUUUGAAAUAGUUUAGAAAGACGUUGCAUCUUUCCUGCAAAAUAUGAAAUAAAAAAUGAUUUGGAUUUGACCGAGGCUUAUCAGCUAACAACAUUAAAGGGGUAACCCACCCCCUCGAACACUCAUCUGGCCUCCAACAAAACCAGGGGGACACACAACGCAAUUAAAUAUUUCCAUUGUUCUGUUUAUUUUGUUAUAUAGACUUAUCAGCUACCAUUUUAUUUGAAGGUCAGACAACUUUUCGAAAACAAUACAAAGCCUUUUCCCAAUUGAUUUAAGAGAAAUAAUUGCCUUUUAAGACAAAGAAAUCCAAGGUUGUCCUCUUUUAAUUUAAACUGAGGGAUGUACUGUUUUGUCUUAAAUGAUUUCCUCAAAAUUAUCACACAUAACCUCUGAAAAUUAAUCUCCUUCUGCCCCACUGCAAAAUUAAGUUUGAUUAAAAACAUUGGCAUUUAACAUGCACACGUGGCGCGAGGAAUCAUAGAAUUGCUUCGGUAAAUUUGACGAAAAAAAUCACCAAGAUUCCGGUUAAAGAGGAAAUACAAGAAAUUUACAGAUCAAUAUUUUCAAAUUUUUCAAGCUGUAACUGACACCCUGAGGUGUGUACUCAACAAAAUUUAAAGUAAACGUUAUGAACGAACCAAAAUUAAUUGAAUUCAAAAUAAAAAAUUAGAUCAUAGAGGUUUACGGAUCACAAACUUUUGUGAUGAACUAAAAGGACCCACUGUAAUUUGCAAAAAAAAGUUUAAACAACUCUCUUUUUAAAGUGUUUCUAAAUUAAUAUUUUUGGCAAACACUGAAGAGGAAAUAGUGCACUUCAUUUUUUAAGUCAGGUAUUUCAAUUUUAACGAAACAAAUCUUUUAUUUCUGUAUAAGCAGCUUCUCCAAAAAUGCCCGGAUGUGAGGCUUGGCGUUGACAAUUUCCAAUACCAUCCGUUCUUCAGCUGCCUUCAGUCUUCAGAACCUUUGGCACUUGCAUGUGGUUCAUCCGCGGUAAAUACGACAGCAGAGAAUGAGGUAUGCUGAUAUCAGUGCCAAGUAGAUCCAAAAUCAAUCUAUUUGACUGUAAGGGGUUUCAUGGCAGAUAGUGCUUCCUGAAAAUGUAGCCAGAAUUUCUCAUAUAUCCAUCUACGAUUCAUGUUUUCUCUUUUUAACCUCAACCUUCUUUACUUUCUUUUGGUUGCUUCUUGUCUCUUCAGGUUUCUCUCUACCUGCAAAAAUUGUUCCUAGAAAAUUUCCCUCGACUAUCAUAAUUUUCAUGAACUCAAAAGACAAAUAAAACUGUUGUGAUGUAGCUCCUUAAAAGUCCUCUUUAGUAACUGACCUGUGCACCGUCUUAAAACCAAGCAUAAUCUGAAUCAUCCGCCAGGCUAUCGAGUCAAUUUCCUGCGAAAAACGAUCGAUUUACACCACUGUCGCGCAGGAUUUGUCAGACUCAAAACGAGAAUCUUGAUGACAUUACAAAUGUUCUUACAGCACAUGGUCUCCAUUUCUUCUGUUCCCUAUUUCAUUUGCAUCUUCUCGACUUCUUUGUAGAUUGACCAAAUCUCUGGAUUUUCAUCCCUACUGUCAGACGAUGAAAGCAUCAUCAUUGCUGUAGGUGUAUAAUUCUCUUCAAAAAAAAUAUAAAACAAAAAGAUAUUUAAAGCUGGGCCCUUUUAAUUAUCACUCUGGAAUCGAUAGUUAGCCAUAACAAUUGUUUCUCUUCUUAAUCUUUGUUUCUUGACUCAACCUGACGCUACAAGUGUUUAGCAAAAAACUUUUCGACAAACCUUCAAAAGAAAAAUAGAUGAGGCAAUAAGUACCAAUAAAAAUAUCAAACGAAAACAAAUAAGAACCAACAGUAAAGUGAUAAAUAUUACGGGUAAGAAGCGCGAGAAAACAGCAGUGAUCAAGUCACAUGCAAUAAGUUUUAUUUUUGUAUUUGAUUGGUUGAGACAGUAACGCCAGUUUUCUCUGCAACAGACCCUGCGCAACUUUGAGCUGCCGAUCACCACUUUGAACUGGAAGAGGUGAAUAUAUCCAGUUCAAAGUGGCUAUCGCAAGUCAAAGUCGCGUUCGUCAGUUAACACAAGAACAAAGCCCUUAAUAAGUAUUGCAUUGUUUGGUUGCGAAAGUGGCAGAUAUUCUGGCCAAGUAGUUACCAAUCAGAAUUGUACGAUCGAGAAGUGCACGAUCGAUCGUUCGAGCCGUUGUUGGAAUAUUUGCCUUUAAGUCAUUUCACUGAUUCAAAAUUAAUCAAUCCAUCCAAUAAGUCGUUUGUUUAUCUUCAUAUUAAAUCAGUACGUUUUUCUAAUUUGGAUUUUUUUUUCUUGUCCUAGGAUGAAAAUCCUUCAGAUUAAUUACAAGUUUUGGGUUUUCCAAAUCUAUGUUAAAGUAGAUGUGAAUUUAUCAAUGUAAGUGUAUGAGGAAUUUUACUAUGACAGAUGCAUCUUUAUUGGUUUCUGAAUGGAUGUGAAGAUAGUCUGUUAUCGUACAUAAACCGACCUGUUUCCCAAUAAGUAGCUCAAGUGUUUCGCCCUUCACACCCUGACUAAGUCAGUCUGUAUAUCUUCCACAUCGUUCUCUCUAAGUUUCCUAUUGCACCGGCAAGGGAAAUUUUUAAUGACAAUUAAACUGAGUGGAGUGCAGUUUGGUCUGAAAUCACACACGUAUAAGAUUAAAAUGGAACGAGCGUCGACUGAAGGAUGGGUGAAAUACGAAUGAAAUAAACCUUAAUAUUCAUAACAAAACUGCAUUGAUUAUUGAGAGCUAACCGUGGCUUUAGCUAGUGGUAACGUAUAGAAGGUUUUAUUCACUAAUCCCAACUUUUUUUUUCCUUUUUUGCAGAUGUUCAAUCGUAACUGAAUAAAAGAUGUUUUUUGUUUCGAUCUAAUGAAUGUGUUUCUUGUUUGUUUGUUGCACAAAUGACUGCUCACUCCGAGAGAUCUUCCUUCUGCAACCAAAACCUACAGGAAAUAACAAUCGCCUUGAGAAACUUUUAAAAACAGGAGGCCUCAGAACGUAGAGUAAAAAAUUAAAUGUCUAAUAAUUACAGGGACUAUUUUGUGUACAGUGUGUGCUAGAGUUUCGAUCGUUGGAGACAACCAAAAAGUGGAAGGCGAAAUUGGUGGCAGUAUUGCUACAAUUCCCCCUUGUUAUAACCGCUGAACGUCUUUCGCAAACUGUUUCACUCACCUCCACUGACCGAGAUAGUAAUAGAAGGGGCAAGUUCCAUCUCCUCUCUUAGUACAUUUGAACCUGAAAUAAGCAGCACCGUAUUAAGCGGUUAUAACCUGUAUAUAGUGGUCAGUUGUCAAAGUCCCGAAUUUCAGGGUUUCCCCUUAAUCUCUGUAAUUUUCACCUCGAUUAAGCGAUCGUGGUCAUCCUUUACCGAGUGUCAAUGGCCUGUUUUUAUUGUCUUCCUCCUGUAUUGAAUGUGAACGGUCACUGAAAAUGGGACUACUCAAAUAAAAUCAAGAAUAAUCUUUCAAAUUAUUUUUUGAUCCCUGUUUCUCUUACAAAAUCGAAGUAGGUAGUAUUUUCGAGCGAGAUUCUGCACUUUAAGUGGUCAAUUAUGGUAUAAAGUGACGUUGUUUAGCGAUUUUUUUUUUUAUAAUACCCCUAAUCUGUGGAACCAGCUGUUUAAGCGGUCACUCCGCCAUUCCCCGUGGGUUCGAAUGUCCGUAUGUCAAAGAUUGAUGGUCAGGCCUCAUUGAUGAUGUUGGGUAGGACAGGAUUUCGGAGCAGCCGAAAGAGCUUGGGAAUGAGUCGCCUGCUAUCAAUCAGCGGUUGUUGUGCGUAAUGGCGGACAUUAUAAGACAUGUUGAAAGUUGGACCUCUCUUUCUAGCGUUUCUUUGCAAGAAUUCAUUGACAAGAAAAUAAGUAUUUGUCUCUGUGACAAUAGUAGGAAAGAAGGAUGGGUACUUGCCAUCGACCCAGUGACAUACACCGUGGUUCUACAAGAAGAAACGGAUAACCUCACUUCCAAGAAGCUGACUUAUAUUCUAGGGCAUGCAAUCACGCGCGUUGUUCAAGAGGAAAAUGGAGGUCACCGUCCGGCAAAGAUUAAUUUUAUUGAAUUGGGAAACUCUAAGGAGUAUUCAGAAGAUGAAAUUUUGAAACGAAAAGGCGAUCUGAUCGAGUGGCUGACGAAGAAUCGAAUUCCAGUUACGGAAAGUUCGGAAGACAAUGCUGUAUUAUCAGUAAUGGGAGUUCUACUUGUGGAACCUCCG